AUGUUGCCCUAUGUAGAUCAGAUAUUUGAGGUACCAGCCAAAUUAACUGGCGCAUCGACUGAUGAGCUCAAGCUGAUCGGCUCCUUCCUCCUCUCCUACCCACUGGCCGCCCUCCUGAAACGUAUACCCGAUGGCCAACCCUGGAAAAAGAAUGUCUUCAUCAUCGCCGUGUCGUUAUUCUAUAUUAUCGGACUCUUCGACCUCUGGGAUGGUCUACGCACCCUCCUGUACAGUGCCGCAGCCACCUAUGCUAUCGCCUACUACGUGGAUGGAUCACUGAUGCCGUGGAUUGGCUUCCUUUUCCUCAUGGGUCAUAUGUCAAUCAACCACAUCGACCGUCAGAGGGCGAACGAUAACUCGGCCGUUGAUAUUACUGGAGCGCAGAUGGUCAUGGUCAUGAAACUUUCCUCCUUCUGUUGGAAUAUUCAUGAUGGCCGUCUGCCCAAGGACCAACUCUCGGACCCGCAGAAGUACUCUGCUAUUACAAAGUUCCCGGGUAUUUUAGACUACCUGGGCUACGUUUUCUUCUUCCCUUCUCUCUUUGCCGGUCCUUCUUUUGAAUUUGUGGUCUACCGCCGCUGGAUCGACACUACGCUCUUCGAAGUCCCGCCGGGAACUGACCCAUCCAAGGUGCCACCCACCCGGAAAAAGCGCAAGAUUCCUCGCAGCGGAGGACCUGCCGCAAUGAAGGCCGCUGCUGGCCUGGUCUGGAUCUUAGCUUUCAUCCAGCUGGGCUCAUACUUUACCACUCACUUUGUGCUUUCAGAUGAGUUCUUGCAGUAUUCCCUCCUGCGUCGCAUCUUCAACGUGCACAUGCUUGGUUUCACCGCUCGCACCAAGUACUACGGCGUCUGGGCUCUGACUGAGGGUGCCUGUAUUCUAUCUGGCAUGGGAUACAACGGCUUUGACCCGAAAUCCGGCAAUGUCUUCUGGAACCGACUGCAGAACGUAGAUCCGUGGGCCAUGGAGACGGCGCAGAACUCGCAUGCUUACCUAGGCAACUGGAACAAGAACACCAACCACUGGCUGCGCAACUAUAUCUACCUUCGCGUCACGCCCAAGGGCAAGAAACCCGGCUUCCGCGCCAGCAUGGCUACCUUCGCCACCAGUGCCCUCUGGCACGGUUUCCACCCGGGAUACUACAUGACUUUUGUAUUGGGCUCAUUCAUCCAGACUGUGGCGAAGAACUUCCGCCGCUACGUGCGCCCCUUCUUCCUGACACCGGAUGGCACCAAGCCAACACCAAACAAGCGCUACUACGACAUCCUCAGCUGGCUGGCAACACAACUAACCCUCUCCUUCGCCGUCAUCCCUUUCAUCAUCCUCAACUUCGAAAAGUCCGUCACCGCCUGGUCGCGCGUCUACUUCUACGGUAUCGUCAACUGUGCCAUCUCCCUAGUCGCCUUUGCCUCCUUCUCCCCUCUCAGAAAAUACCUCGUCGCCCAACUGAAGAGCCGUAACCGUGCCCACUUCGCCCGCACCGAACCCAUGCGUCCACCUGUUCUUGGCCUGCCGAAUGAUCCCGAGCGUGACUUUGACGAGGCUGUUGCUGAGAUUAUGGCUGAGAUCGAGUCUCGAGGACUUACGGUUAAGAUGCCUACGGUUGAGGAAUUGAAGGCUGCGGUUGAGGAGUUGAAGACUACUGUUGAGCAGAGGAUUGGACGGAUGCCUACUGGUGAGGAACUGAAGGCUGCUAUUGAGCAGCAGAUCGGGCGGAAGUUGUAG